AUGACCACCCUGGAUGCCAAGCUGAUCCAGAACCUCGACGCCACAACCGCCGCGGUUUCGGCGCUGGACGAGCAGGACCGCCAGCUGCAGCAUGUGAUCGGCUCCAGCGAAAGCUGGAAACGCCCUUCGACACCACGGCUCGCCUCGUGUUCUCGGUAUGCCGUGGAGCGCACCGGCAUUCCCUGGUGGAGAAUUACAAACAUAUUGAUUGAGUCCGUUAGAGCCACCAAGCCAUGGCGAUCCCGAUUGGCGGUUGAUCUGAAGCGGUUUGACGCUAUUGCCGCCACGGCCGGCCAAUCUGCGGAUGGAUCAUUCCAGGUGCAGGAUUUCAGAGAGAUUGGUGCGGACCCGUUGCUUUUGUUCACGAGCGUUCCCGGACUAGAGCGCAUCGUCGGCUUCCUGGCUGCCAUGUCGGUGGUCGAGGAAGUAGAUCGCGAUAUAUACACUUCGACUCCACUGGCCGCGUCCUAUGUCUCCAGCUCUCCCCUCUCCGCAGCCGUCAUUCAUAGUUCGCCUUCCCCUCCCCCACUACUUCGACUUCCUCCGCACCCACCCCUAUUACGGCCAAGCCUUCAGCACCGUCAUGGCGAUGCCCUUCCGCCGGCGUGGCCAGGAUUGGUUCGCGUUCUUCCGGUCACAGCGCGGCUGCGGGUAUCCCAUGAGACGGACCCGCUCCUCGUGGAUAUCGGCGGGGGCCAAGGCGAAGAUCUCAAGAGGCUCCGGCACCAGUUCCCCGAUUUGCGUGGCAGACUGAUCCUGCAGGACCUCCCCACCGUCAUCGCCGGCGCCACGGAUCUGCCAGCCGACAUCGAGGCCCAAAGUCACGAUUUCUUCCAGCCGCAGCCCGUGAAGAACGCCAAGGGGUACUUCAUGCGGAGGAUCCUGCACGACUGGCCCGACAAACAAGCCGCCCAGAUCCUGGGCCAUGUCCAAUAG